GGUAAUGUUUCCUGUGAAAUGCUAAUGGCCUGGUGAAAUUAAUAAAAGUGCUACAGCCACUGGGGCUACAUGAGAAUACAUAGUGAAAUUAAUUGUGGUCUGAGGCCAGCUCAAGUCAAACGGUCACGGCGGACCCCACCGAAGUCACAACGUCCGCCACCAAACAUAGCAUCGCAUGUAAGAUGGCCAGCCCUACGGCGGACCACCUCAAUGUAAGCACCUCCAAACAAUUUACCGCUGACAGCCGAAAUGUCAUUCUAGCAGACGUCUCAGGAGCCAUCAAAUCAACAGCGUCUGCCGUGACUAGCGAAAAAGAUAAACCGAUUAGGAAAGAGACAGGAAACGCCCACUCGGGGCAGAUUAGCAAAGAGAGUAUGAACACCAACCCGGUAACUAAGUCAACCACAGUGAUAACUACUACCUCACCCAUCACUAUCACCCCCUUCAGGGCCGUAGUUAGAAAUAAGCGUAAAGCCAGCAGCCCAGAAAAUGAACAAACUAAAGGGGCUAGCACCUUCCUAAAAGGGAGCGAAACCCCCACUAAAAAAGCUAGGGUAGCUAACAAUAAAAAAACAGCAGGAGCGCCAAAAAACAGUGGACCAGCACCCAAAAGCCCGGGACCGUUUUACAAGGAAAUUCCUUGUAAAUCGGGUAAAAAUAGAAGCCAACCACAGGUUCAAUGUGAAAAUACAACUCAUACACGACCGGUAGGGCACUCUGCCAGACCGGCCGUCCAACCGGCUGCUGCAACAAAGUGGAUAGUGAAACUCUGUCCACUGCCGGCCAAAACCACCUCUACUCAAAUACUAAAAGAAAACAACUCAGAACUCGGCAUUCAGGAAGCAACCACCUGGUCCAACGGCUAUGUUCAGCUCCUUGCUAAACCGAAGUCGGAAAGACCAACCAUCAAAAUAAAUGAUAGGAUUCACCAGCUCAUUCCAUUUGAAAGGAAACCGAGCAAGUGUCAACAUUGCCAACAAUGGGGACACGGUGCGGCUAAAUGCCGCCACCAUAAAGAACUCCGCCAACUAAAUAACCGUAAACCAGAUAGUUCGCCCACCAGCAGCAAAAAACCUACAACGGUUAGGCCAGCAACCGCAGUCACAGCAGGCUGCUCAUAUGCUGAGAAACUAAAAACUUCAGCCAACCAAGAGGUCAACCAACUUAAAUUAGUCAUAGAAACCCUAGUUACUAAAAUAGCACUAAUUGAAAAUAACCUUAGCUCAACCAACUUAUAAAAUUAACAUUUAAAACAAAAACUCAAUAUACGGGUCUGGGUCAUGGGAGAUAAGUCUCCAUACGCCCCCGCUAAAAAUGUAAACAUAGGAAAUAAGGGCCUCAACGUUCUCCAAUGGGACAUGGUGCCGAACUCAUACAACUCAUUAGCACUAGUAACAUCAAGCCAGAUAUUAUUUGCCUGCAAGAAACUUGGCUAGGGACUGGCACCAGUAAACAUAAAAAUAAACAACCUAAAACAUUUAAAAUACCA